CAAAAUUCGAUCGUUUUUCAUUCACUUUUGAAUCAAUAACUAUCCGUUUGCUGGGCUUUUCCAUCAUUUUAAAACCAUUACUUCUGAAUUUCUGGGUUUUUAGUGAUGUAUUUUUUUGAAUAACUUUAAUGAGUUUUUGGUUAUUGGGUAUUUUCGGUGGCGUUGUGCUGUGUUGAUUGGGUAUUGAAAAAAUGAAAAAUACUUUUUCUUCGAUGAGUUGAAUUUUCAUGGGUUUUCAUGAUUUAAAUCGGAUAUUUGGGAUGGUGGGUUGUGUUUGGUUGCACAGAGAAUUGGUUUUCUUUGAUUUUCUUUGUGGGUAUAGAGCUUUUUGAGGUUUUGAUUCGUGGGCAAGACCCCCUUUUUUUUUUAUGCUGUUGUUUUUUCGGUGGGAGGGGGAUUUUGUGAUUGGGUUCAUGGAAAAUUUCGAUGGGUUUUCUUCUUUGGACUCGGGGGAUUGUAUUUAGGCUUCUGAGGGCUGAAUUCACGGGGGAAGCGUUUUCUUUGUACAGAGAAAAUACGGAAGAUUGUGUGGAGAAUAAUCCAGUGAAACUUUCUCCUGGAAAAAGGGAAAUUAACCCGCCUUUUUUUGGAUAAAAGUAUAAGUAUUUGCCCAUAUCUUUCUCCUUGGUUUUUGUUUCUUUUUAUGGAUUGAUGACUGCCAUGAAUAUGAUAUGAGACAGAACAAAAAUUUGAGCUUCCGUUGUGGAUUAUUGAUUUUUUUAUCACAAAGGUUUUUACUUAUUCUCUGUGGUUCUUUCUCUUUCAAAGGAUCUUUGAUACCCACUGUUUGAACUUUGUGAUUCUCAACUUGGUCUGAUGGCUUUGUGUUUUUUGGUAUGUUGUUUUAAUCAUGCUCUUUGAUAAGGAAGGCUUUUUUUUCAUUAAAGGAGCAUCAACUUUAAUCAUGAAAAAGGUUAAUGUUCUUUGGUUUGUUUAUUUAGUUUGCUUUUGAGAGGGUAUUUAUUGUUAGAAAAAGAGUUUUUUCUGUUAUCUGGUUUUUGCUCUGUUUGGUGAUGUUUGUUUAGGUGUUGUUCUGUUAUUCAGCUCUGUACUGGGUUUUAUGUUUACUUUUUAUGUACUUUUUCAUUGUAAUUCAUGGAAAAACACAGUAGAAUUGAAACUGUCUAUCUGCAUAUAUGAGCUUCAGGAAAAUUGGUAAAAGGUCUCUAUUGAACUCAUAGCUUGAAGGCUAGAUCCUUUCAAAUAAUUUGUAGGAAAAACCUUGCCCUGGUAAUAAUCCUUGUGUUGUUUUGGUUGUGUAUAUCCAGUGGUAGCAUUUUCUGUCUUUGAGAUGCUUUGAUCAUGUUAUUCAAUUGAUGGAGAACUACAGGGUUCUAUAUUUGUUCCGAGUCUUUGGCCUUCGGUUGUGGUUUUGCAGUGAGUUUUGUGCAAUAGGAGUUCUUCAUGCUUGCUGGAAGGAUGAAAUAAUUGUAAUGUUUGCGACCAAACUUGAAGUCUAUAGAAAAGCCAUAAAAAUUAUGGUUAUUGCAUCGUUGGUACAACUUGUUUAAAAAGAAGUUUCUUUUGGGCCAGAAGAAUGCUUCAAACUUAUGCAAUCAAGAAGUUCGUUUCUCACAGUGAAUGUUUGCCAUCAUGGCAUCUUCAUUUCUAUUUUCAAAUGAGCCAGAUUAGUCCCUAGGUUAUGGUGUUGUUGUUUCAUUUGGGACUAGAGUUCAAUCAAGAAUAACACAGGAUGAGAUCUUCACUUUUCAAUUUGUAUAUAGUUCAAAAAAUACACCACUAGAACCGCAUCCCAGUGUCUCUAAUCUGGGUAUCUGGUGUGUGGAUUUCAAAGUCCAAAAUUAUUCACAUCUUCUUCCGACUGUAGCAGUGGGAAGGCUAUAGAAUGUUAUUUUACUUGCUGAAGUAAUAAGUUACUGAUGCCUUAACUUAGGAAAAGGGUUUUUUAAUAAUCUACUAACUUUGCAGGUUGAAAAAGCUAAAUCAAGAUACAUGGAUGAAUAUUCUGGUAAAAGAGCCAUUAAUGAGCUUGUUGUCUCUAGAAAGGGAUCAGGUCUUAGACCAGGUGUUAUUUUGAGAGAUACAGCCAACAACAGAGAUCGGAAUGCGCAAUUCUGCAACCGACUUGGAUGCAGAGGCAGAUUGAACUCCAUGAAAGGUACCCAACUUGGCAGUUUGGAGAAGCCCAAAUCUUCAAGACCUUCAUCCUUUACUUCUUCAAGUGGCAAAGAAAUAAUUGGAAGUUCCUCUAGUACUGGCCCUUCAGUGAGAAAAUCCCUUCAGACACCUCGGAAAAAGCUAUCUGCUCAUCUAGAAACAGAUUCAUCUGAAACUAGUAGUGUUCCAGAUGAGUCAGAAGUCUUAGAGCUCAUUCCCCCACCUGGAAAGAUUCAGAGAGGGCAUCACCCCGAAACAGACUAUACUGAGUCUUCCGAAAUCACACCUAUGGAAGUGGGUAGCUCUAGUAUUGCUUCAAAUACAAGACCUCGAAGGAAUUUUCAUCAAAAAUCUGGCUUUACUAACCAAGCUACUCUGAUGGGUUCCUCUGUUGCAUUGGCAUCUAAAACUGCUGGUCAAGUAGCAAGACAUGGUGCAAACGCAAGCAGGUAUGGUUUGAGAAAUCUAAGAUGCAAUUCAAUUUCUGAUGCAAUGCCAUCAUGUUCAUCAUCUGAAUCAAACCUUACUAGAAAGAAGGACAUUGGAAAAAAGAGACUUUCUGAAAUAGAAAGCAGUUCCUCUGCUAGAGGCAAGAAGAGUGGUGGGCCAUCAUCAGAAUAUGGACGGAAUUCUAUUUCUAGUUAUGGCGUCUCCAUUUCUGAUUCCAGACGAGCCAGAAAUUGGACUCCUAGCAGGGAUAACGGUGUUGCAUCCGUUAGGACUCGGAGGUCAAUCAAUGGUAAUACUAGGCCAUCAUCCUCUAAUCAAGGAAUUCGAAACAAUUUAUUGCCGACUGAGCCCUCCAUUACAGUCCCACAAAUGCCCCAACCUGAAAUAUCUAUUGGGGCAAAUGAUCCCAGCUUGUCACAUCAGUUCUCCAUAGGAUCUCCCUCAAGCUUCCUGAAUUCUUACAGUCAAUCAGAUAGUAGCAGUGAGAAUUUACAUAGUAUUAUGCCCAUAAGUCCCACAGAAGUUGGUAUCUCACGCUCUUCAAUGAAUCGGGAUAGCCUGCGACGCUAUAACAUGGAUGGGAUUGCAGAGGUAUUAUUGGCUCUAGAGAGGAUUGAGCAAGAUGAAGAACUAACAUAUGAGCAAUUACUUGUUCUGGAGACAAAUUUGUUCCUUGGUGGCUUAAGCUUCCAUGAUCAGCACAGAGACAUGAGACUAGAUAUAGAUAACAUGUCAUAUGAGGAAUUAUUGGCUCUAGAGGAGAAGAUGGGUACUGUGAGCACAGCACUUACAGAAGAAGCAUUGUCGAAAUGCCUUGAGAGAAGCAUCUAUCACACACUGCCUACAGAACCAGGGACCAUGGAUUGUGCUGGGGGUGGUGAUGAUGUCAAAUGCAGUAUUUGUCAGGAAGAGUACAUGGUUGGGGAUGAAGUGGGGAAAUUGCAAUGUGAGCAUGGGUAUCAUGUGGCCUGUAUACACCAGUGGCUACGGCUGAAGAAUUGGUGCCCUGUCUGCAAGGCUUCAGCUGCACUUUAAUCAUCUUCCUCAUAAUUCAGGAAACCAGCUUGGAUGGGGGAGAUUUGUACAAAUAUUAUGUGGAUCCUCCUACUCCCAACAUUUUUUAUUUUCACUUCUUUAUGUACAUACCAAAUCCCCUUUCUUUCAACCAACCAAUAAACCCAAGGCUCUUGGCUGAACAGCUGGGAGCUCCUCAUUUACCUUCUAUGAACUUUGAAAUGAAAAGUACUCACAGAAUGGUGCUGUUCUUUUGGACA